AUGAAGACCUUCGCCAUCUCCCUCCUAAUCGCCACGGCCUCCAGCCUCGCUGUCGCUUCAUUCCUCUGUCCCGAGAACAACACCCCUAAGUGCUGCACUGUCGAUCCCUCGGGCCUAUUUCAUUCGAACUGUGGAGAACCUAGCACAACCCCAACCAGCACUGCCGAGUUGAACUCCGUUUGUAAAGCGCAGCAGAAGGAGGCUCGAUGCUGUGUUAUAUCUGAUACUUUGCUUUGCUGGAGGAUGUCUGUAAUCCGGUGA